CGAAUGAGCGUGCGUGAAAUGCUGACGAUUGGGCGCAUACCGUUUCCUGAUAGCAGACUUGACGCACUUGCACCGCACAGUAUGAAGGCUGCUUGAUUAGUAGUCGUUGCUGGGGAAUUCAGUGAUGUUUGCUCGCGUGAAGGUAAGCUCACAUUGAUCAAUGUUUGGCUUACCAGCAGGUAGCGCUGCCUCGCGCACACUGACCCGAAGAGGGGGAAAAAAAGUUUGAGUGUUGCUCUGAGAUUUAACGCUUGCGCAGAACAGGUUGCCUGGCCAGUUCCUCUGGUUGAUUUACCUGAGAGGUACAUCAGUUUCGGUCAGUAACAGAAAGGAACUAACGCGCCGUCAUUCAGCCGAGCCUGGACUCCGGCGAGCGCGAGAAGAAGUUCAAUUAAAGCGCAAAUACUUUUUAUUCAGACGAAGAAAUUGAAAGGACCGGAGUAUAUUCUCGUGGCUUCUGGCAGGUGCGCUCGUGUUUUCUAGCCCGUACGCCACGAGGAAACGGAGCUCGUGACAGGUCGCCGUAUCCCGACUUGUUCCCGCUGCAUUGAACGGCUCAGUCCGGUAAACGCCGCCUUUCUUCGUCGCGGAAAGCCUGAAAAAACAGCUGGAUGCCUUCCUCUUGAGCAGUCCGGUAUCGGUGCCGUUUUCCCUGGUUGAUUAAAGCAAAAGAUGAUGGGCUUUCUGCGCAGGACGUUUAGCCGUCGGUCAAAACGACGCUUUCGGACGUCAGAGGAGCUGGACGGGACCGGCAGAGGCGGAAACGCAGUGCUUCAGGCGCACCAGCAGCAGGUGAUUCACGCGCCGAUCGUAGUGACCGGGGGAGCCGUAGUCCACAUCCCCGCCGCGGGCAACAGCAAAGACGCCAUCACAUGCAGAGUCCUGCUGCUGGACGGAUCGGAUGUCAGUGUGGAGUUACCGAAACACUCCAAGGGACAGGAUCUGUUUGAUCAGAUUAUGUAUCAUUUGGAUCUGGUGGAGGCUGAUUACUUCGGUCUGCAGUUCAUGGACCCAGAGCAGGUUGCGCAAUGGUUGGAUGCAGCCAAGCCCAUCAAAAAGCAGAUUAGAUUUGGACCUCCAUACAGAUUGUUUUUCAGGGUUAAAUUCUAUUCUUCAGAGCCCAAUAACCUUCAUGAAGAGUUCACCAGGUAUCUCUUCGUACUGCAGCUUAGACAAGACAUACUGUCCGGCAAGUUAAAGUGUCCAUAUGAUGUGACUGUGGAACUCGGGGCUUAUUGCUUACAAAGUGAACUUGGGGAUUGUGAUCCAUUAGAGCACACUAUUGUGUUGGUAUCAGAGUUUCGCUUUUCACCCAAACAGACAGAGCUGAUGGAGGCGGAUAUUUACCACAAAUGGGCUGAGUGCAGGGGAAUGAGUCCUUCUCAAGCUGAGCUGAAUUUCCUGAAUAAGUGCAAGUGGCUGGAGAUGUAUGGAGUGGACAUGCACUUUGUGAAGGGACGGGAUGGAGGAGAAUAUGCUCUGGGUCUCACACCAACUGGAAUCCUUGUUUUCGAGGGAUCCAGCAAAAUUGGUCUCUUCUUUUGGCCUAAAAUAACCCGUCUUGACUUUAAGAAGAACCGACUGACAUUAGAGGUGGUCGAGGAUGAUGAAAAGGGCCGAGAGCAGGAGCACACGUUUGUGUUUCAGCUUUCGAGUUCUCAGGAGUGUAAGCACUUAUGGAAGUGUGCAGUCGAAAGCCACGCCUUCUUCCGGCUCAGACAGCCAACCCACAACAAGAGCAACCACAGUGACUUCACACGCCUCGGCUCGCGGUUCAGAUUCAGUGGAAGGACUGAAUAUCAGGCCACACGCAGUGGUAAAGUCAGGAGAGCAAGCACUUUUGAAAGAAGACCAAGUAAAAGAUAUCCCUCACGGGCCCAGUCUAUGGUCAAGGCCAUAACUCCAGCAAAACAUCCACAUCUAAGUGCACAGACCAGCCCUGAAUCAAGCUUAACACCGUAUAAACACAACAUUCCAAUUGCACAGGAACCUUGGAAAAGACCACAUCAGUCUAGUCUGACCCCUCCCCUAUACAUACAGCCUAUGGAACUGGGACACGUUCCACCACCACACAGUUUCCCUUUGAGCACUGCAGACACCCGGAGGUUUAGUGUGGAAGAGAUCGAAGCUCCUCAUUUUGGAAAGAUCCAUGGCUGCUACCAUCGCCAUGGAUACGAAAAACAGGAAGCACUGUGCCUCACGACAGCUAAACCUAAAGCUUGGGUCGUGUCUCCUGGGCUCCCGGAUGAGUUUGAUCGAGCUCUGCAAAACCAGCUAGAAGCAGAACCUGCAGCCUGGCCAGCCCUCCAUAUCAACAUAGACAUGGCAGAGGGAAAUCCACUUUCUGAGAAAAGUCUUCCUUCCUCCCCUGCAGUUUUACAGGAACAGCCGAAGAGCAACAUCUCUAAACGAGCCACCCAAAGUGAUAGUGGAACCUCAAAGGGGAACUCUUCAAGUGGAGACCAAACAGACAGGUAUCCCAGCUCCUCACAUGAUUCAGGCUCAAGCAGUAUGAACACAGAGAAGCCCAGAGUGGACCGGCGCAAACGACUUGUCAGACAGUUCAGCUUUAACCAUAGUGAUGAAGAUGACCUCCCUGAGGCACUUGCAGCCAUCUCCUCCCAGUGCAAUAUGGAAAAAUCCUCCUCAAACAGCUCCUUGGACAAACAGGUCCAACCACCCAUAUACCCACCGCAGGAUACGUCACAUUUAGAAUGUGACAACUCUCCACUGUUCUUUCCAAGUCCAGUACCUCGCCUGCUUCCAUAUGCUACACAGACAGAAAGCUCUGAAGACCUGCGGAUGGAGAGAGAGAAACUGCUGAGGGCUCUAUUAAUGACAGAACUCUGAGACAACAUACACACACACACACAC